AGGACAGAUAAAGUAGAAUAAACCAGAACUGCAUAUUUGCAUUUACCAAAAACGUAUUGAAUAUCACCAUCGGCUGUGUGGUUAAUAAUUUAGUUAACCGAACACGAUUUUAUAAAAUCCAUCAUUUACACAUUUGGAUUUAAAAUGACAUGAAAAGGACUGGAGCACACGGCUCAGUACCAAACAGGAGAUCCACUUCUCUGACGCUUCACUGUGGUUUUCUUUGACAUGAUGGACCAGCUUUUCUCUGAAACUCAGCUUUGAAACUUAAUAUCUGUAACUUAUUGUGGGUGAUAUAAUAACUACAUGAGUGUUUUCCUAUUUGGUCUGAAUUACGUAAAGGUUUCCUUUGAUAUUCCUAGUAAUGAAGGAGUAGAAAUACAUUUUCAUUAGUUUCAUACUUAUCACUCAGAAAAUGAGGAGAGUAACAAAGAUCGCCCAGAUACCAAACAUGGGCGUCUCAAUAGUAUUUCCACCGUUUACUACAGUGACAGCUGGAUCUCUGCGUCUCCGGCUCCUCGCUGACCUCAUGGUGUCGUUCUGCGCGUUCUACGCUUCCACAAGUUCUGCAUGAGGUUCUGGAGGAUGGGCGGAAGGAUGGAUGCUGUGUAUCUGGGCUUUUAUUUUGUCGGCCGCGGCGGAAGUGCUGCUCUCUCCUCUGCGCGUCUUGACGCGCGGCGGAGGAGGGAGGCAGAGUUGAAGAUCGGUGAGGAUCGGGAGGACAGCCGGCGCGACCCACAGGGAUGUACAGUAAACACAGGCAGAAAAAGGCCCCCCUGUCGCCGGCUACGCGCGGACGGUUGCUGGUUUUUCUGUGUCUUGUCUUGCUGAACGGCACUCCGGACAGCGCUCGUGGAGAAGCCGCACAAGCAGGGUUACCCGAUGGAAGAACAGUGACGGCACAGUGGCUCUACCAAGACCAAGCCCAGACGGCGGCGGCGGCCACAACGCAGGCGGAUUAUCCAGCCACAGGAGAAGUUCUGCUCUCAUCCACUGACUUCCAAAUGGUGCUGCAAGUGCAACACAACCAUGAACUUCUGGCUCCAGACUUUACGGAGACCUUCUACUCUGAAGAUGGGAAACCGGUGACUUUAACCAAUCAUAACCACACCAAUCACUGUUUCUACCACGGCCAUGUGAGGGGACAUCCCCAUUCCUGGGUGGGAAUCAGCACAUGUUCAGGAUUCAGGGGGCUGAUAUCCUUGAAUUCUAGUGACACGUUCUACCUGGAGCCAUUGAGCGAUGAGGCCUCUGUCCGGCAUUCACUGCGGAGUACUAAACACCUGCCAAUAACAGGUGGAAGCUGUGCCCACCCCCAUCACACCUCAGCUUUCAACCUCAGCUCAGACUGGUUCCCAUCCCACCAUUCCAGGGUCAAGAGAAACACCUGGGGUACGACAAAGUACACAGAGCUGUACAUCGUGGCAGACAAUGAAAUGUUUAAACGGCAGAACAGGGACUAUGAAAAGACCAAGACCAGGAUCAUGGAAAUAGCUAAUUAUGUGGAUAAGUUCUACCGGGCUUUGAAUAUCCGGGUGCCUCUAAUUGGUCUGGAGGUUUGGACCGACAGAGACCAGUGCAUCAUCAGCAAAGAGCCAAACGCCACACUUUGGUCUUUCCUCCAGUGGAGACAGAAGCUGAAGUCUCGUAAAAAACACGACAACGCUCAGCUGCUCACGGGCGUCAUCUUCAAGGGAACCACUAUUGGGAUGGCUCCGCUGGAGGGGAUGUGCAGUCUGGAAAACUCUGGAGGCAUCACUGUGGACCACUCUGACCUCUCCAUUGGAGCGGCCGCCACCAUGGCUCAUGAGAUGGGCCACAAUUUCGGCAUGAGCCACGACCACGACGGCUGCUGCGUGGAGGCCACGGCGAACCAGGGGGGGUGUGUGAUGGCGGCUGCCACAGGGCACCCGUUUCCACGCGUCUUCAGCCGCUGCAGCAAACGGGAUCUGGACAGCUACUUCCAGAAGGGGGGGGGCAUGUGCCUUUACAACAUGCCCAACAUGAAGGACCUGGUGGGGGGCAAGAAGUGUGGCAACGGCUUUGUGGAGGAUGGAGAAGAGUGUGACUGUGGGGAACCUGAGGAAUGUACCAACAACUGCUGCAAUGCCAACAACUGCACCCUGAGGGAGGGGGCCCAGUGUGCCCACGGCGUGUGCUGCCAGAACUGCAAAUUGAAGGAGGCGGGAACUAUGUGCAGGGGGCCAGCUGGGACAUGUGACCUGCCAGAAUACUGCACUGGAGCCUCCCCCUACUGUCCUGCCAACGUCUACCUGCUGGACGGUUCUGCCUGCCAGUAUGGACACGCCUACUGCUACAAUGGCAUGUGCCUGACUCACCAACAGCAGUGCCUGCAGCUGUGGGGCUAUGGAGCUCAACCAGCACAUGAUGCCUGCUUUGAAGAUGUCAAUGCUGCAGGCAACGCUUUUGGGAACUGUGGGAAAGAUGAACACGGCAACUAUGUCAAGUGUGACAAGAGUGAUGCUAAGUGUGGGAAGAUCCAGUGUCACAGUGCUGCCAAGAAGCCCAAAGGCACCAACGCCGUUUCCAUUGACACGACCAUCAAGACUGGUGGCAGAGAGGUGAAGUGUCGCGGCACUUAUGUCUACAGCACUCAGGAUGGCCAGGGGGACCUGCCUGACCCCGGCCUUGUCGUGACCGGGACCAAAUGUGGAGAGGGCAAGGUGUGCAGAGACCGCAGAUGCCAAAAUGCCUCUUUUACGGAGCUGCAGGGCUGUAUUGGGCGUUGUCAUGGCAACGGGGUGUGUAACAGCAACGGGAACUGUCACUGCAACAGAGGCUGGGCCCCGCCCUUCUGUGAGAAGUCCGGACUCGGCGGCAGUGUGGACAGUGGUCCUGUGCAGUACGACAGUCAAGUGGGCCUGGUGGUGGGGUUGCUGUUCGCCUUCCUGGUUGUCCUGCCUGCAGUUCUCCUGGUCUUCUACUGCUACAGAAUCAAAACCUCAUAUUUCCAUAAGUGGCUCAUACAAAGAGAGAAGAACAAGAGCAACAAGACACACGCCUCUACAGAGAAAGGAACAAACGGACAUUUGAAUCCUGCUUUUCACCUGAAAGUCGUCGGACCGAUGAACAAACCUGGUGACCAUAGGGGGCCGCCAAACUCCAGCAAAGAGGUCCUCCCCCUGAGACCAGGCCCCGCCUCCAACGGCACCCAGCCAGUCAACAUAGUGCGGCCUCUGAGACCCGCCCCGUCUCCACAGGGCGGGUCCCGAGAUCUCAAGGUGGUGCGGCCGCCUCUGCCAACUGGCCGGCUUCCAGUUGCACCAACCAAGUCCCCCCCUACCCCACAAAGAAUAAGCCCACCCAGGAGACCCCUGCCCCUUAACCCAACACGAUCUCCAUUGCUGGUGUCGGAGCCCAGGUCCAGAGCCUCCCCCUUCCCUCCUCAGAAGCCUCUUCCUGUCAGUCCAGCCAGGGUAGCCUCCGCCGCAGUGAGUCCGACCCGGACCGCCGGGUCCAAACCCCUGCUGGUCGUGAUGCCCCCGGCAGCUGGACCCAAGCCGGUCGGCAGAGUCUCAGCCAUUCCUCCACUCAGAGUUCUCAGACCAAUCCCAGGUGCCAAACCAAACGCAGCCUCACCUGCACCUGGAAGAGGACUUCCUCCGUGACCCGCGUCCUGUGAGGAGUGGGACUUUGACAGUCUGUCUCCACCAAAGAGACUUUUGCCGCUGAAGGCAGAGCCGUCCCCCAGACAUUUCCCUGCAGACGCAUGGAGGAACCGACAGGAACCUUCACCGGCUCCGGCUUUACCUGCAACCCUUCCUUCCUCCUUUUGCUAAGUCGAUGAGGACGCGGUGCUGCACAGACUGAGACCUGCUUUCACCGGGGUACUGGUUACUUUGGCCAAACCCUUUUUUAGGAUUUGUUGUUUUUUUAACUUUUCUGUUCUUGCAGUCUGUGUAGAAAACCUGCCUUUUUGAGUUUACCAUUGAUUCUUUGCAGUUUGAGUCUGGUUGUGUUCGAUGAAUUGUGUUAUGUGCCAAAGAGCUGUCUUCACUCCUGGGGUGUGUCUGAGCUGCUCGCUGAUCUUCUUCCACGAUGCCCUCCACAAGUCUCUGUCUCUAUUUUUAGCAUUUUCUAAUUUAUUCUUUUGACAUCAGGAAUCCCAAGGUUGUGAUUGGAAGGUACACACAGCUGAGAGCCAAUCACACAGCAGCUGGUUAAACAUGUUUACAUGGAGGGCUUGAUGGAGGCUUGGAGCUCUCAGGACACUCCCAGGCUGCUCAAUGUGCUUUGCCCCAUUAUGACCUUAAACCCCCCCCCCCCCCCCUUUUUUCUUUUUGCUGUCUUG